AUGGCCACUGAGCAGAAAUCCAGCACGACCAUUCUUGAGAGGCCCCAUCAAACAUCCGGCCCAACACUAGAUGUGCCGGUCGCAGGUCCGGCCGACGUCCGCCUCUCCGUCCAUGAUGAACAGUCCCCGCCCGCAACGGCAUUCUCAAUCCUUGAGCCCGUCACCCCGCUCUCCACGAUCACCACGCAUAUCCGCGAGUCCGGCGUCGAAGACACCUUCCCGGAUGGCGGCACGCGCUCUUGGCUGGUCGUGCUGGGCUCGUUCUUCCUCCUGAUGGCGAGCUAUGGGAUGAUGAACUCGACCGGUGUGCUGCAGAACUACUUCACGACGCACCAGCUGGCGGGAUAUUCGAGCAGCACCGUGGGCUGGGUGCCGGGUCUUUUUACCUUUUUCGGCUUGUGUCUGAGCGUGCAGAUCGGCCCGCUGUUCGAUCGGUACGGGCCGACAGGCAUCUUGCUCGCAGGCACAGUUUGCUACGUCGUCGGUCUGUUGCUGCUGGCGGAGUGUCGACUGUACUGGCACUUUGUGCUGACCUUAGGCGUGCUCAUGGGGACUGGCGCGGCGUUCCUGAGUACAGUGGCAAUGGCAGCCGUGCCGCAUUGGUUUGAUCGGCGGGCUGGAUUGGCGAUGGGUACCGCAAUGGCAGGAAGCGGGCUGGGAGGAGUCAUGUUCCCCUUGGUGCUGAGGGCGGCGUUCACGCGGAUCGGCUAUCGCUGGGCGAUCCGGAUGGUCGCCUUAAUUGUCGCCGUGAUGUGUGGUCUGGGCAUAGCACUGGUUCGAUCGAGGUUGCCAAAAGGGCAAAGCAGAUCAAGUAUCAAUUUACGCGCGUUCAAAGAUACACGAUUUACCUGGCUGACGCUGGGGACUUUUGCUCUUGAAUUGGAAGUUUUUGCCGGGCUAGGGCUCUAUCCAACCUACGUUGUGAUGCAAGGUUUCACCACCGGGACCAGUGUGAUUCUCCUAUCUAUUCUAAACACAUUCUCCACCAUAGGCCGUCUACUUGCUGGUGGCAUCGCUGAUAAAUAUGGUCGCAUUAACACUCAAGCCGGGCUCAUUGCAUGUGGCAUCUUCGCCAUCUUUGUCAUCUGGCUUCCUUUCGGCAACACACUACCUGGGCUAUAUAUGUUCAGCUGUGUUUUUGGAAUGGCAUCAGGCUCAUUUCUGAGCUUGGCACCCACGUGUAUUGGGCAGAUCUCCAAUGCCAGUGAAGUCGGGGGUCGUUUUGGGAUUUGCUAUUCUAUCGUGAGCGUGGCGACUCUGGUUUGCAUCCCUAUUGGCGGUGAAAUGCUGGAGAAGGUCGGCACUCGGGCUAUGGUGGCUUAUCUGGGCAGUGUGCUUGUCGUGUCAAUGGUGAUGUUCACGAUGGCGCGGUGGGCUUGUCUAGGCUAUCGAUGGCGAUGGCAUGCCAAAAUCUAA